GGCCCGCCGGAGGCCGGAGGACUGAGAUCGCCCGUCAGGUCAGUCAGUCAGUCCGGUUCCGGUUGAGUUAGAGUCAGCCGUGUCCGAAGCCUCCGUGCGGUGUGAGCGUCGCACCUCUGCCCGCCGACCCACUUGGUCCUGGUCGUCGAGCUGACGGUGACCCCCUGCCGUGCGCGCACCCCGCACGACGACGACAUCGCUCUGCCUCUGCACGCCGUCGUCGACCUCCUGUGGACGCCCGGCUUGUUGCUCUCGAGAUGGCAGACCCUGUUGCUGCUGACGCCGCGGAGGAACCUCAAGCGGAGCAGGUGCCCGCGCAGCGUCUGCCGGACGAGAUCCUGCUCGAGGUGCUGCAGCACCUGGACGUGAAGUCGCGGCUCUGCUUCCGCCUGGUCAGUCGCCGCUGGAACCACUUGGCGCUCAAGACCCUGACGUCGCUGACUGUUUAUGUUCGUAACAUCAAAGACGACAAGCGCUUCGUGGCGCCGUUGCGGAAGCUGUUCCGUGGCGCCUCCCGAUUGAAACAAGUCAGAUUGAGCCACAGUUCAAGCAGCCGGAUGUUAAACCUUGUCAAGUGCCUGGUGGGGCACCCCUCGUCCUCGCUCACAAGUUUGCGCGUCGAUGGUUUAUUAAACACGAGCAAGCUCUGCAGUAACGUGGCCGCCGCCCUGCCGGAGCUGCCGGCCCUGCAGGAGCUGCACCUGGAGUUAAUCGACAGCACCAAUAUUGGAGGUCCUCACCCGUCCCUCUCCAGCAGACAGGCGCUCAUGCAGGCGAUACGCCCGCACUCCACGCCGCACCUCAGCAGGCUCUUCGUCAUGUUCUUUUCGUAUUCGUGGGGUUUCGCCAAAGACGACAAGCACUGCUUGCACAACUGGCUGCACUCCGAGAGUGUGCAGGAGAUGCUCGCCGCCAACCGCGGCCUGCGGCUCACCGUCACGAACCACCUGAUGUGCCGCCCACGUGGUAACUGUUGCGAGUUUUGCUUGCUAGGUUGCCACGACAGCCCAAAUAACCAGUAUCCACAGGACUAUGUGGAGAAGUCCUAUGAAUUUUCUUAUUUCGAUUUCCGGUGCUCUAAUGUGUAAAUGUGUUUUUUACUCUCUUCGUUCUUGUCUGUAGUUGUUAACAACUGUAGAAUUGUACAUUUGUGAUUCAAGUUUUUAUUGGGUUGAUUUACCUGAUGGACAUACUUAAAUAUUUGUAACUAUUGUUAAUUUUUAAUGCCCUGAAACUGUUUUUUAUUGAAUGUAAAAACUUCUUGUUUUGUUUUGAUAAAAAAUAACGUUUUUGGCUGAGUGCAGACUAAACUAAACUAUAAAUUACAUUACUAUCCUAUCUAACUAAGCCAACAUUCAGUGCCGAAAACUCGCCGCAAUAGGUUGCUGCCAACCUAACAGGGAAUAAAAAAAAACUGUGUUGAAACAAAUUCAGUUUUAUUCGUCUAAGUUUGCCUAACUAACGCUAACGCUUCAUCUUAAGGUUUGGUAAUAGAGCCCUUUUAAAGCGAUUGGUUUAGUCUUUGGGAGAUUAAAACUAUUUAGGUUUUUGAAAUAAAAUUUCCAUUUUGAUAUGUUGGUACAUAUCAUUUGAAUUGUUCUAGCAAGGCCGGCCCGAAAGGCGUCUGCUGGCAUUUCAAAAGUAUUGUGGGUGUGGCAGUUUGAAGGGAAAUUAGAAAAGUGAAAAGUCAAGGUUUAAUUCACAAUCAGAAGUCAAAUUGAAAUUUUUAGAUUAUUUUGAAUUUUUAAAUUUAUUUCAGUUCAUAUAAAUCAGGAGACACACAGCCUUUAAUGCACAGCAUUCUACUAGUGGUUAAAGCUUGUAUUUCUUUAAAGCAGAAAACUACAUUUUAUCUUCUCUAAUGAGAAUUUUCUGUGUAAUCUGGAACAAUAUAUACAUUUUUCAUGAUUUUUUGUAGCUUUUUUGUUGUUUUAUCGCUACCUCCUCUCACAAACCCUCAUGCAAUGUCUCCAUGGAGAAUCACUGGUCACUGAAAUAUUUGUAGGUUGUGUGAGAAAGUUUUCGACUAUUGUAAGAUUUGUAAAGUUGCAAUUUUAUGUUGGAAAAUGACGUAAUCUCAUGACUUGUGACACUAAUUACCGGCUUGA